CGCACGAUUGGCAGACAGUUUAUCACAUAAUUUAUUCUGAGUUAUAAGAAACUGAGGUUAAUUUGUGAUAAGAUAAAAAAUACCCAAUGGCGUAUGCCAUUAAUGAUUAUUCAAAAUUGAGUCUUUUAGUGAUAGUAACUAUUGCAAGUUGCACAAACUUAAAUAACAACGUGUCGUUUGUUCAGGAAAUGGCUCACAAUUUAGGAAAAACAAUGAGAGCGGUAGGAUUCUACAAAUAUUUACCAAUUACGGAUCCGAAUAGUCUUAUAGAUUUGGAAGUUAGUAUCCCAAAAGUUCAAAUAAACGAAGUUCUGAUUCAAGUAAAGGCGAUUUCAGUUAACCCCAUUGAUACCAAGGUUAGAGCGCCGAAACCGAUUAUUGAAGUUGUGCCAAAAAUCUUAGGUUUUGAUGGAGCAGGUAUAGUGGUUGAGAAAGGGGAAAAUGCUAAAUUAUUUAAUGUCGGAGAUGAAGUAUUUUUCACAGGUGAUCUUAGAAAAAAUGGUUCAAAUGCAGAAUAUGUUGCAUUAGACGAAAUUUUAGUGGGCAAAAAACCAAAGAACUUGACAUUCGAAGAAGCAGCAGCAAUGCCUCUUACAACAGUGACUGCAUAUGAAUCGUUAUAUGAUCGUCUUGGCAUCACGAACGAACAUAAAGAUAAGACAUUGUUGAUUAUAAACAGUGCUGGAGGUGUGGGUUCUGCCGCGACACAGCUGGCGAAACAAUUGGGUCUUAAAGUUAUUGGUACAGCAUCCCGCACUGAAACUGUAGCAUUCACCUUAAGGCAUGGGGCUGAUGUAGUAUUCAAUCAUACUACUGAUUUAUUACCUCAGUUAGAAGCUAAUGGAUAUGGUAGUGGUGUUCAUUACAUUCUUGUUAACUAUGAUCCAUAUCCAUACUGGGACACUCUUAUGAAAGCUAUAAAACCUCAAGGUAAGAUUUGCCUAAUAGUAGAUAGCAGUGGUCUUGUAGAUUUGAGGCCUUUGAAAGACAAAAGUGUCACUUUAGUAUCUGAAAUGAUGAGUACAAGAAUCAAAUAUAACACUGAGGAUAAAUUUAGACAUCAUGAAAUUUUACAAAUAGUGUCUAAAAUGCUGGAUGACGGUUCUUUGAAGAGCACAUUGACCAGAACUAUGACACCAAUUAAUGCAGCUAAUUUGAAAGAAGCCCAUAAAUUAAUUGAAAAUAAACAUUUACUUGGUAAAAUAGUAUUGUCAGGAUUUUAAUGCAUUUAAAUUCCUGACUUGUGGAUUAAACUACCUACAUAGGUAUAUAAUAUUUUUCAUCAGAAUUUUAUUUAUUUCUUUAACCACAUUUUAACUUAAUGUAUUUUUUAAGUGGCUAUCAUUGCUCUAAUUAUUUUAACAUGACCACCACUAACAUCAUGAUUUGAUAUGGCCCUAUGUUGACAGUAAGCUGAUGCUUAUGGACCUGAAUGUCUUAAGCCAAUGCAUCUUGAGAGUAUCUUAUUGUGCGUUCGUAGGCAAAUUUAAUUAAAAACUACUUCAUGUCAUUGUUUAACUUAAAUACAAAUGAUUUUCUUAUCACUAAUUAUGGCAGGUGUAACUCAUCAGAUUGAGAGUGCACAGUCCAACUAGAUUGAGUCCAAACCUAAUGUUUGUGAACUACAUAUUCAUAAAAAAGUUAAAUCUUAAUAAGGUUUUAUGCAUUUAAUGGUGUCGAUUCUAGCGUGAUUCUCUAAACCUAAACUUAAAUUUAACAGCAG